GCCUCUUUCGGAUCUACGGCAGGAGAAGGCGUAAAGCGUUGUGUUUUGGACUGGAGGAGGUCAUUAGAAAGUGAGGAGUAAGUACGGGCUGGUUCUCAAGGCACAUAGACACCCAGUGCCAGGAUACAUCUGAUGCCGGUGUGAGACAAAUACAUAAUUCAACUGCUCUGUUUAGUGUUUCAACCGCUGCGAAAUGCUUCGUCUCGUCCUGCGGCUCAGGCCGUCCGCCGGGCUGCACUGUCCCCGUGCCCUCCUGGUCGGGCCUGCUACUACCCUCAGCACCCGCUCUGUGCCCGGAGCCGGUUCUCUGAAGCGGUUCCACUGCGGAGCGGGGUCCCGGACAGCGUGUCUGGGCUCCGGCUUCAGACACAGGGGGCCUCUGCUGCGGUGUCCCAGCUACCAGGGCACGCGUUUCUACAGCCUGCCGCCGCACCAGAAGGUGGAGCUUCCUGCGCUGUCACCCACCAUGCAGACGGGAACGAUCGCACGCUGGGAGAAGAAGGAGGGAGAGAAAAUCGGCGAGGGCGAACUUAUAGCUGAGGUGGAGACUGACAAGGCCACUGUUGGUUUUGAGAUAAUGGAGGAGUGCUAUCUGGCAAAGAUCUUGGUUCCUGAAGGGACCAGAGAUGUCACCAUUGGAGCUGUAAUCUGCAUCACGGUUGACAGCCCUGACCUCAUCGCAGCCUUUAAGGACGUAACGUUGGAGUCUCUUCAAGCAGCCGGGGCCAGUCCUUCACCAGUUGCCUCCACUCCCCCUGCAGCCCCGGGCAGUUCUUAUCCCCCACACAUGAAGAUCACACUUCCUGCCCUCUCUCCCACCAUGACGAUGGGAACAGUGCAGCGCUGGGAAAAGAAGGUGGGAGAGAAGCUGAGUGAAGGAGAUCUGCUGGCUGAGAUCGAGACUGACAAGGCGACCAUCGGCUUUGAGGUGCAGGAGGAGGGAUACUUGGCCAAAAUCAUGGUGGCAGAGGGAACUCGGGAUGUUCCCCUGGGAUUGCCUCUCUGCAUCAUUGUAGAGAAAGAAAGUGACAUCGCUGCCUUCAAGGAUUAUGUAGAGACUGGAGUGGCAGAGGUUUCCACACCAGCUCCAGCUCCAGCACCGGCUGCAGCUCCAGCUGUUGCAGCACCCAGUCCUGCUGCCACAGCCGCUGCCCUGGCAGUACCCAGGAAGGGCCGUGUGUUUGCCAGCCCGCUCGCCAAGAAACUCGCUGCAGAGAAAGGAAUUGACCUGGCACAGGUCAGCGGCUCUGGUCCUGAUGGGCGCAUCACCAGGAAAGAUAUUGACAGUUUUGUUCCACCAAAGGCUGCACCCGCCGUAGCUGCUGCUCCCACUCCAGCUGUAGCUUCUGCACCUGCUGCAGCUCCUGGUGCACCAGCUGGGACCUUCACAGACGUCCCGAUCAGCAACAUCCGCAAAGUCAUCGCUCAGAGGUUGAUGCAGUCCAAACAGACGAUUCCCCACUAUUAUCUGUCUGUCGAUGUCAACAUGGACCAAGUGAUCGAGCUCCGGAAAGAUCUUAAUGCUGAGGUGAAAGCCCAGAAUAUCAAGCUUAGUGUCAAUGACUUUAUCAUCAAAGCCAGCGCUCUGGCCUGCCUCAAGGUACCCGAGUGCAACUCGUCCUGGUUGGAUACGGUCAUCCGCCAGAAUCAUGUGGUGGACCUGAGCGUCGCAGUGAGCACAGCCAACGGUCUCAUCACGCCCAUAGUCUUUAACGCCCACAUCAAAGGACUGGCCGCCAUCAGCUCCGAUGUGUCGGCUCUCGCUGCCAAAGCAAGAGAAGGCAAACUGCAGCCACAUGAGUUCCAGGGAGGUACAUUCACAAUCUCUAAUUUGGGAAUGUUUGGCAUCAAGAACUUCUCUGCGAUAAUCAACCCCCCUCAGUCCUGCAUCCUCGCCGUCGGGGGCUCCGAGAAACGGCUGAUGCCUGCUGAUAACGAGAAAGGGUUCGACGUAGCCAGCAUGAUGUCGGUGACGCUGAGCUGCGACCACCGGGUGGUGGACGGAGCGGUCGGCGCACAGUGGCUCGCAGAGUUCCGCAAGUUCUUGGAGAAACCCGUCACCAUGCUGUUGUGAAUGGACUGAACUGCCGUUAAACUGCAGCAACAGGCAGAGGCCUCUCACCGAAGAGAUCUGAUUGGUCUAACUGGUCUGGAUCCUCCUGUGAUUGGCCUGCCUGCCACCAGGUCACUCCCAGUUACCCUGAAGGGGAAGAGGCAGAACUCAAGCCGCUUACCUGGCUCUUUCGCUGUCUGUCCUGUCCGUCUUUCUCUUCUCUCGCACUCAAACGCUAUUUAUUGAGGCCCCUUUUCAAGAUACCAGAAUUAGUUAGAAUUUAUCCUAGAAUAGAGACCGGUCAUACGUCACCAAAACAUUCAUAGUGUUUUACAAAGGGAAGAGUUGCGUGUCAACCAGCGAACAUAUUUAUCCCAACACGUGUGUGUGUGUGUGUGUGUGUGUGUGUGUGUGUGUUUCUACACAUUUUUAUCUGUGAUUUUGUGUGACUGUGAUGAAGACAACGGGAAGUGGAUCUAUCUGUUGGUUCCACUCUUUUGAGUAAAGGAUUGUGAUGUUGGAGGAUGGAGCUAAAUAUGUGUUAACUUUGAGACAUGGUUUAGAUUCACACACACACAAACACACACACAUACACUUAGUGGCCACACACACAAUUCAAAGGUUUAGUGUUGUUUUCUGUGGCUUGAUGCUAGAGUGUAUACAUUCUGCCUCACCAUAUAAAUUAAUAUCUGUACAGUCCUGAAUGAUAACAAACACUCAUAGGAAGUACUGAACUGUUUUGCCAAUUUAUGUUUUUGUCUCAGAAACGUACCUUUUGAAAUAUUCUAUAUUUCACUGCUGCAACGCACAAAGCUGGUGCUGGAUGUUAUUUGUUUGAAUAAAUUGGAAGAAGUCAAUCUUGUGCAA